UCAGAGCGAAAACAAACAUGGCGCAUCCAGCGGUUGUUUGACAUUUUAUACACAUCGGAAUGGCAAAAUAAUUAUUUUGUUGAAUGAAUUAAAGGACUUUUAUAAAAAAAAAUGAACUUUAAGUUAUUAUGGAGUGACUUUCAAUAGACACAUAAAGUUUAUUCAGACGUUAUUACAACAAUCACAAUGACUCAAAUAUCAAUAUUAUAGAUCUGAAUUUUCGUGCAUCUGUGUUACAUUUCAUAAUUUUUAUUUAUAAAAAUGCGGUGCAGUGUACAAAAUUGCAGUAACGAUACGAAAAAAACAACUAAAAGCCAUGGAAUUACCUUCCACAUGUUCCCCAAGGACCCGAACCUUCGUGCUGCGUGGGUGGAGGCACUCGGCAUGACUGACUGGGAGCCAAAAGACAGGAGCACUAUAUGCUCGGAACACUUCAGGAAGGAUGAUUUCUAUGUGACUAAAGGCGGUCUACGGAAAAUCAAAGAUGGCGCUGUUCCUGUGGUCACUUAUGAUUCCUCAGAAGACCUCGAUGCUCCUGCAGCUUUAAGGGUGUGCAGAAUCUGUUUAGCAAUGGAAGGUCAGAUGUAUCACAUACGAGAUCACAAACUUGACGAGAUUUAUGAAAAUGUCACUGGCAUUUAUUUAAGCGAAGAUGACAAACUACCUCAGAAGUUAUGCUGGGAGUGUGCCCACAGACUGCUAAGCACCAACGGGUUUAGGAACAAAGCUCUCAGAAGCCAGGCUUUGCUGAUGAACCUUCUUCAACCGGAGAGAUAUAUAACAAUAAGGGACGUGAAGUCGAUAAACCGACUACACAAUCAAAUAAAAUCAACUUUAAUAACAAAAAUUUUCGAACCGAACGACAGCGAUUUAUACAUAAAAGAUAAUGAAAUAGUCAUACCCAUAAAACCGGAACACGAUUCUGACGAUGCGAUGGAUUUCGACAUCGGUGAUCAUAACGGUGAUGAAUUACCUGAUGAUGAUAUACCCAUAGCUGAAGUGGAAGUGAAAGACGAGACGAACGAGAUAUACUUCAAUGAAUUCAACGAAGAUGACGAUAAGAAAUUGAGUGAAGUGUUCGUUAAGCCGAAGAAGGUUAGGAAGAAGAAGUUGAAAGUGGAGAAGAAACCUAAGCCGGUGAAGAAGUGUGAGGAUGACAGUCCUUCUAGCACUAUGGAUAGGUGA